AUCAGCGAGGAAGAGGAGGAUGAAGGGAGUGGAUGCUCAGAUACCACAAGGUGUUUGCCGCUUCCUCGGCUGAUGUGUUUCAGACGACGGCAACAAAGCAAACCGCGUGAGAGCGCUGACCUCAAUCUCAGCAGCAGUCCGGAACAUUCCGGUUCUAUUACAAACACAACGCAACAUCAGCAGGCGGGACACAAAAAAAGACAUCACAACAGGAAAAACAUCUCAUGAGUGGACUGCUGAGUUCGGCUCAAUGAGGGGCCGCAGCUUUGCUACCUCCACCAGGGAAGGAAAAUAGUCCACACCAUUCCCGUGCGGAUGAAACGAUAGGCCCUAAAUUUCAUCUUGCAAGCCUGCAUCAACAGGCAUGAAAGUGUUGCGUUCAUGGCCUCUGGCUGAAGGACAAACAUGGAACAAAAAGUGUUGAAGGACGACUCCGCCUGGAGUGGUGUCGACAUUGAUGGCAUAUAAUUCCCGAGUCAUCCGCCGCCACGCAGGGUCUGCUCAUCCACCGCGUCGUCCUCAAACAUUUGCGGUGACAUUCAAAUGGCUGAGUCUUACUCUUGGAGUCCAUGUCAAUACAGCAAAACGAAUGCUCUUUCACUACUUGGACCACAAGAGGAAGGAAAGCUCUGCUCAGCUCCACGCUACAUACUUGGUGUCAGGAAGAUGUGUGGACAACGGUCAAACAAGUCACAAGGUGUCUGUGGUGCGUGAGGACCAGCUGGAAGAUUUUAAGUCCAAGAUGAGUUUGAUCGUCAGCGUUCAUGUGUACAGCGUCCAGAAAGCUUUGCUGAAAGACAGCGGGCCGCUGUACACCGUCGACUACGACGCCGUCAAAGACAAUCUGCUCAACUGCAGCAAGUACAGUGCAAUCCGAUGUUCAAGCGCGGUGCCCAUGUCCUCGCUGGAGCUGCAGCAGGUGCGGGGGACGCAGCGAGACGCUCCGCCAGAGCACGAGAGCAAAAAGCCUUCCGUUAACGGUGAGGCUAAAGUGACUUCCAAAAUGGCCACCAAACCGGCCAAAGGCAUCAUGGGAAUGUUCGCGAGCAAAGGAACUGCGACUAAGAGUGAAAAUAGCAGCAAAGAUGUGAAGGCGGAGCCUCAGGAAGAAGCGGCCGAGGUUGACUUGCCGAAAAACAAAACAUCUGCAAAGUCCAAUCCCAUGAUGAACUUCUUUGGGAAUCAAACCACAAAGAAACAAGACAGAACGGUGAAGGCGGAGGAGGAAGUCAAGAAAGACGCUCCGUUGUCAUCCUCAGUGGAGCAGCAAAGCUCAAGUUUGCCGAGUGAAAAGCAGCAAGGUCUUCUCACCGUGGAACCUCCAAAGCAUGCCAAGAAAGACUCGAGAAGCAAAAGCAAGCGAGUGGAGAUGUCCGAUAGCGAGGAGGAGGAGAAGAUGGAUAAGAAGAAGAGACGAAGGAUUAAGAGGCCUGUCACCGACAGCAGUGACGAAGACGUCAUUCCAGAUUCUCCCCAGCCGACAGAAGCAAGAGAAGCAUCACCGGCUCCCAUCAAGGCGCUCCAACCUAUUAUACAUCCGGGAGACUCCCAGGCCAAGAUACGCAAGCGGAGACGUGUCCUCAAGUCUAAGACCUUCGUAGAUGAUGAAGGGUGCAUUGUGACAGAGAAAGGCUACGAAAGUGAGUCCUACUCUGAAAAUGAAGAUGCCACCCCUAGCGCCCCCAAACGAGCGACCACAAGUCCACUCCGAGCGCCAACAAACGGCAAAGACAAGGAGAAGAAAAAUCCAAAGAAAAUGUCUGCUAAUGCCAGCAAAGGAACUAAACAGGCAUCCAUUAUGGGAUUUUUCCAGAAGAAAUGAUGGACACCUUGCAUAACACACUCACACACACACACACACACCCCACAGAAGCUUCCAGUACCUCCAAAGUAAGCUGCUCAAUAAACACCGAUG